AUAUCGCAGAAGCACUCAUCUUGACGCGUGAAGUUAGCGCUAGAGAUGAUCAUCUCUGGCUCGAGCCAACUUAAUACAGUUCUCUGUUAUAGGGGUUCACAUGCCUUCCGGAACGGAACGGGACGCUGGGUUCACUUUCUUUCCGGAACGGAACGGGGCACGGGACAGAUCAGCUCCCGAUCGAGUGGCAUCGCAAUUUGUCUAAUUGAAUCCGUAACAAUCCUGAGAUGUAUUGGCCCUGGAAGCGGAUAUCGUUGCGACGUUCGAUUGGUAAGUAAAAUUUACAUUCAAUUCGACAUUGUAACAAAAGUCAUUGAACGGUCGAAUAAGUCUCAUCGCGCUUCACGUCUCGACACAUUUUAACGGACCAAUCUCCAAUUUAGUUCAAAUUUUGGAAAUUUUAUUUAGUGAAAAAAAAACAUGCAAGAAUUUUUGGCAACUCAAAAAAAUUUUUUUUUAAUGUCGGUAAGUAGGAAAUCCAUAAUUUGUAGACAAAAAUUUAAAUGUGUGUGUGUGUGUUUGUGUGUGACCACAGCGAAGCAAUGUCUUUGUUUACUUUUUUUAUGGGUGUACUUGUAAAAUAAGUAAGUGUUAAUUAAGUUACCAGACAU